UCGGACUGCGGAUCGACGAAAGGCCUGGAUGCUGUCCUGCUAACGGAUGCCGAUGAUUCAGCUGGAGAAACCGGUGCUGACUGGCACCAUGCCGGUGGUGUGGCCCACCAUCCUUGAUCUGGGAAGGGAUGAGUGCAAGAGAAUUCUCCGUAAGCUGGAGCUGGAGGCGUACGCAGGAGUGAUCAGCGCCCUGCGAGCCCAAGGAGACCUGACGAAGGAUAAGAAGGAUCUACUGGCAGAGCUCACUAAAAUCCUCGGCAUCUCCACAGAGCGACAUCGUGCAGAAGUCCGCAGGGCCGUCAACGAUGAGCGCCUCACCACCAUCGCUUAUCACAUGUCGGGUCCCAAUAGCUCGUCCGAAUGGUCCAUCGAAGGGCGCCGGCUCGUGCCUUUGAUGCCGAGGCUGGUCCCUCAGACGGCCUUCACCGCCACCGCGAACGCUGUGGCGAGCGUCACAGCCAAUCAGAACGCCUCGCUUCUGCUGCCGGCUGAAACGGGCAACAAAGAAGUCGUCGUGUGUUACUCCUACACGAGCACCACCUCCACCAGCGCCACGGCAGCGAGCGGCCUCGUUGGAGCAGCGGUGAAAUCCCCGCGGCCUGCCAGCCCCUCGUCCAACGUGGUGGUGCUGCCCAGCGGGAGCACGGUCUACGUGAAGAGCGUUAGUUGUUCGGACGACGAUGAAAAGCCUCGCAAGCGAAGACGCACCAACUCUUCCAGCUCGUCUCCGGUGAUGCUGAAGGAAGUGUCCAAGGUGUCCCCGCCGGUGUCCAAGAACAUCACUGUGCCGGUGAGCGGCAGCCCCAAGAUGAGCAACAUCAUGCAGAGCAUCGCCAACUCCCUGCCGCCUCACCUGUCCCCCGUCAAGAUCACCUUCACCAAACCCACCAUCCAGACGACCAACGCCACCACGCAGAAGGUGAUCAUCGUGACGACGUCUCCGAGCUCCAGUUUUGUGCCCAACAUCCUGUCCAAGUCUCACGCACACAAUGCCGCCAAGCUGGGCUCCACCUCCAUUCUCACCAUGCCCACCCAGAAACAGACGGUGGUCUUCCCGGCCAGCUCGAGCCCCUCCUCCAACACCAUCGCUGUGACCACGGUGGUCUCCUCCUCUCCGUCGGUGGUCAUGUCGACCGUGGCGUCAUGUGCUGCUUCAGCCGGAGUGAAGGUGGCUUCAGCCAGGCUGCCCUCACCAAAGACCCUGGUGGGCUCCCCAACUCAGAUCCUGGCUCAGUUCUCCAAACAGCAGUCCCCCAAACAUCUGCAGCAGGGCUCAUCUUUAGUGGCCUCCAGCAUCACUCAGACCCAGACCAGCACCACGCCACCAGGAGCCAAACCCACCAUCCAGAUCAAACAAGAACCUGGAGUGAAGAUCAUCACUCAGCAGGUGCAGCCCAGUAAAAUCCUGCCCAAACCUUCAUCUGUGGCUCUGUCCAGCAGCAGCUCCUCGCCCAUCAUGGUGGUCAGCAGCAACGGCACCAUCAUGACAACCAAGCUGGUCACUCAGCCAACAGCUACGCAGGCCACAUACACAAGACCCACGGUUAGUCCUAACAUCGGCGCCAGGAUCUCGGCCUCCGGCGGCGGCGCCACCUACGUGAAAACCACCAGCGGCAGCAUCAUCACCGUGGUCCCCAAGUCCCUGGCCUCUCUGGGCGGGAAGAUCAUCAGCAGCAGCAUCGGCUCCGGAACGACCACGAAGAUCACCACCAUCCCCAUGACGUCCAAGCCCAACGUCAUCGUUGUGCAGAAGACGACCGGCAAAGGGGCGACCAUCCAGGGGCUGCCGGGGAAGAACGUGGUCACGACGCUCCUGAACGCCGGGGGUGAGAAGAGCCUGCAGGCCGUGCAGGGGACCAAACCGGCCAUCAUCACCACCUCCAGGCCCAUCACCAAAAUGAUUGUCACGCAGCCCAAAGGCAUGAGCUGCGGCGCCCAGUCCACCACCACCAAACUCAUCCCCACCAAGAUCGUCUACGGCCAGCAGGGCAAGACUCAGGUUCUCAUCAAGCCUAAACCGGUUUUCCAGACGGCGGUGGUGAGCGAGCAGACCCGGCAGCUCGUCACUGAGACCCUGCAGCAGGUGACCCGCUCCGCCGACGUCAGUCAGGGUCUGACCUCCGGCCCGGACCGAUCAAAAAGGGACGAGACCAGCAGCCUGACGGAGGCCGGUGGCCUGACCGGCGAGGCCUCCCAGAGCAGCACUCAGGAGCCGCCGGCUGUCGUGCACGUUCUGUCCUGCAGGGAGCAGGAUUGGACAGAACAGGAAGUGUCCGUGGAGUCCAGCCCAGCUGUUAUUUACCAGGAGGUAACUGGAGGGGAAUCCCAGUCGGCCACUUCCACCAUCAGAGCUCUGGUGGAGCUGCAGCAGACGUCAGCGAAGGAGAAGGCUGAACCCAAACCCAAGCAGCACACCAUCGACCUCAGUCAGAUGGUGGUACCGAUCCAGCUCCCACAGGAGAAGCCCGGUCCGGAGCCACCCAGACCGUCGACCUCAGUGGUUGAGCCCAGCGCUGGACCUGUCUCAGCAGGUAAAACCGGCGGCGCGGGGGAGCCCUCGAAGGAAGGUGGCGUGGUCGUAUCUCGCGGUGGCCAGGUUACCGUGGCAACCAAACCCUCCGCUGCAGUCGUGGCGUCUCACCCGCCCGCUGACGGCCUCGGUAAAACGGACACUGUGUUGGACGUGGCCGAGCUCGAGGGGGACACUUUGGACCCCCAGACGGGCCUGUUCUACCGGUCCAAGCAGUUGGCGUCGGAUCCCGUCAAACAGACGGCUCCGCCUGCAGCGGCUCAGCCGCUGAUCCGGUCCGAGCCGAGUCAGCGCAGCUCCGCCCCCGCCCUGCAGCCCCUGCCACCGCAGCUGCAGAGCACACCUCAGCCUUCACCUUCCUCCUCCACUCCUCCUCUAAUGAAAAAAGUUCUGAAACCUCGAGACCAGACCCCGCCCAGACCUCAGACUUUAACUCAGAGCCCCAAAGACAGGCCGUCUUCCGCCCCGGCUCUGGCCUCCACAAAGGUCGCGACCCCCAGCACGCCAACCAAGCCUCUGGUGACGCCACAGCUCCCGAAGCUUCAGCACGCCCCCACCUCCCUCCACAGACCGCUGCACAUGCCCAUGUCCCACCCUCCUCCCCUGCAGGCCCACCACCCCAUCAGCACCGAGAAGACGGCAUCCAGCCAGCAGCCGAUCAUCACGCAGAGCGCCACCGUCACAAAGAUCACCUUCGGCGGUUCGCACCACUCGCCGCCGGUCUUCAGCAGCGGGGAGGCUGCCGCCAAGCUGAUCCCCGAGUCCGGCUCGGGGCCCUCGGGGGACAAGCCGUCGGUGUCGGACAUUCUGAAGAUCUCCAUGAUGGAGGCGGAGAUAGACGCCAGCACGGAGGCCAUGGUGGUGGACUCCUCCAGCGACUGCGGCCCUCUGGGGAAAGCCCUGGAGGUCCGGACCGUGUCGAGGACUCUGGACCCGGGUCAGUUCAUCAGCAGCUCGGGGGCCGGCGUGAAGGCCCAGCACUUCAGCUGCCUCCAGGGCCUCACGGCACAGAGGAGCAAAGAAGACCUGGAAGUCAUCGAGGUGAUCCCUCAGUUCUCCAUCCUGCCGGACUCCAGCCAGUCCAACGUGGUGGUGGAGCCCAGCGGCUUCCUGGAGAUCACCAACUACACGAGCCAGCAGCUGGAGGAGGACAGCCCCAUGGAGCAGGAGGUGGACAGCAGCAACGACGAGGCCGCCGCCUCCAGCCCCCCCGAGCGGCCGUAGCCCUUCUGCACUUCUCCCCUGGAGGAUUUGUUCGAGGCCUCUGACCCCGCAGACAAAAAUGCAAUGUUUUUCCCCUGAGCGUGUAAAAUAUUGACACUUUUCCUCCCCACAACUUACGGCCCACGUGUUGUUUUAUGGCCGACCGUGCGAGCGAGGCGAAAGGAUUCGUUUCAGCUCCAGGCAGCUGGAAGGUAGCCUCUGCAAACACACCCCGGCGUUCAAACCUGCAACCUGCCAGACCUUAAGAGGCUUUGCAGGUUUAUAAAGCGCAGGAUUUGGGUCCACUUCACAUCCCUUCAAGUCCUGGAGAACGUGAUUCAGAAAACUAAACGAAGCUGGAGCAGAUUUUUAUUUUCUGCAAGAAACCAGAACCGAGACCUGCAGGGCGGAUUCACACCUCUCAGUGUAACCUGAAAAUAAAUAAGUACAUUUUUUAUGGAAGAUGUGAGUUCAAAGAAGCUGCGAUGAGGAUUUCCACCAAACGUAAAAUCUUUUU